AUGAAGAACGCUUUCACUUCUCCUUUUAACUUUCUUUUCCUUACUAUCAAUCGCUUUAUUUUCUUUGUUUUAAUUGAUAUAUAUCACUAUGUCUGUUUCUUUCUGUCUGUCUGCCUCUCUUUACGUGAUCCUGUCUGCCUCUCUUUACGUGAUUCUGUCUGCCUCUCUUUACGUGAUUCUGUCUUCCUCUCUUUACGUGAUUCUGUCUGCCUCUCUUUACGUGAUUCUGUCUGCCUCUCUUUACGUGAUCCUGUCUGCCUCUCUUUACGUGAUUCUGUCUGCCUCUCUUUACGUGAUUCUGUCUGCCUCUCUUUACGUGAUUCUGUCUUCCUCUCUUUACGUGAUUCUGUCUGCCUCUCUUUACGUGAUUCUGUCUUACUCUCUUUAUGUGAUUCUGUCUUACUCUCUUUACGUGAUUCUGUCUGCCUCUCUUUACGUGAUUCUGUCUUCCUCUCUUUACGUGAUUCUGUCUGCCUCUCUUUACGUGAUUCUGUCUGCCUCUCUUUACGUGAUUCUGUCUUCCUCUCUUUACGUGAUUCUGUCUGCCUCUCUUUACGUGAUUCUGUCUUCCUCUCUUUACGUGAUCCUGUCUGCCUCUCUUUACGUGAUCCUGUCUUCCUCUCUUUACGUGAUCCUGUCUUCCUCUUUUUACGUGAUCCUGUCUGCCUCUCUUUACGUGAUUCUGUCUGCCUCUCUUUACGUGAUUCUGUCUGCCUCUCUUUACGUGAUUCUGUCUGCCUCUCUUUAUCUGUUUAUUUCUGUCUGUCUUCCUCUCUUUACGUGAUUCUGUCUUACUCUCUUUACGUGAUUCUGUCUGCCUCUCUUUACGUGAUUCUGUCUGCCUCUCUUUACGUGAUUCUGUCUGCCUCUCUUUACGUGAUUCUGUCUGCCUCUCUUUACGUGAUCCUGUCUUCCUCUCUUUACGUGAUUCUGUCUGCCUCUCUUUACGUGAUCCUGUCUUCCUCUUUUUACGUGAUCCUGUCUGCCUUUACGUGA